CCAAACAAUUCACGGCCAGGUGUUUUUCUCUGCUUCCCUCCCUUCCUCCAUCGCCAGCACGGGCGUUCAGACCUUCCGCCGGGAUCACGACCGCUUCUGGGUGUUGGCAGCCCAUCCGAACCUUAACCUCUUCGCGGCAGGUCACGACGGAGGGAUGAUUGUCUUCAAGCUGGAGCGCGAGAGGCCAGCUUACGCCGUGCACGGCAACAUGCUCUACUACGUCAAGGACCGCUUCCUCCGCCAGCUGGACUUCAACAGCUCCAAAGAUGUGGCCGUGAUGCAGUUGAGAAGUGGCUCCAAGUUUCCCGUCUUCAACAUGUCCUACAACCCAGCGGAGAAUGCUGUGCUCCUCUGCACGAGGCCGAGCAACCUGGAGAAUAGCACCUACGACCUCUACACCAUUCCCAAGGACGCAGACUCCCAGAACCCCGACGCUCCGGAAGGAAAACGCUCCUCGGGACUCACAGCUGUCUGGGUCGCUCGGAACCGCUUUGCCGUCUUGGACCGGAUGCACUCGAUCCUCAUCAAGAACCUGAAGAACGAAAUCACGAAGAAAGUCCAGGUGCCUAACUGCGAUGAGAUUUUUUACGCCGGCACCGGGAAUCUCUUGCUGAGAGACGCCGAUUCCAUCACCCUCUUUGAUGUCCAGCAGAAACGGACUCUGGCUUCAGUUAAGAUGUCCAAGGUGAAAUAUGUCAUCUGGUCAGCAGACAUGUCCCAUGUGGCUCUCCUGGCAAAGCACGCGAUCAUGAUCUGCAACCGAAAGCUGGAGUCGCUGUGCAAUAUCCACGAGAACAUCCGGGUCAAGAGCGGCGCCUGGGACGAGAGCGGCGUCUUCAUUUACACCACGAGCAACCACAUCAAAUAUGCUGUCACCACCGGGGACCACGGGAUCAUCCGCACGCUGGACUUGCCCAUCUACGUGACCCGCGUGAAGGGCAACAACGUCUACUGCCUUGACCGCGAAUGCCGACCCCGCGUCCUCACCAUUGACCCCACGGAGUUCAAGUUCAAGCUGGCCCUGAUCAACCGGAAAUACGAUGAGGUCCUGCACAUGGUGCGUAACGCCAAGCUAGUGGGCCAGUCCAUCAUAGCUUACCUGCAGAGGAAGGGCUAUCCCGAAGUGGCGCUGCAUUUCGUGAAGGACGAGAAGACGCGGUUCAGCCUGGCUCUUGAAUGCGGCAACAUUGAGAUUGCGCUGGAGGCGGCCAAAGCUCUGGACGACAAGAACUGCUGGGAGAAGCUGGGAGAGGUGGCUCUGCUGCAAGGGAACCACCAGAUCGUGGAGAUGUGCUACCAGCGCACCAAGAACUUCGACAAGCUCUCCUUCCUCUACCUGAUCACGGGCAACCUGGAAAAGUUGCGCAAGAUGAUGAGGAUCGCUGAGAUCCGGAAGGACAUGAGCGGCCACUACCAGAACGCCCUCUACCUGGGCGACAUUGCCGAAAGGGUGAGGAUCCUGAAGAACUGUGGGCAGAGUAAGAUCCCAGAGAUCGACCCCAAUGCCCGCUUGCUCCAGCCUCCGGCCCCCAUCAUGCCCUUGGACACCAACUGGCCUCUGCUGACCGUCUCCAAGGGCUUCUUUGAGGGCGCCAUCGCCAGCAAAGGGAAAGGAGGCGCCUUGGCAGCCGACAUCGAUAUCGACACCGUGGGCACUGAAGGCUGGGGAGAAGACGCCGAGCUGCAGCUGGAUGAAGGUGAGGGGGGCGCGCGUCUCGGGUGUCAGCUUGAAAAGUUUUCUCUGGGCUUUUAGAGUUGCCAGCAGAAAGGGAGCGGGGGAUGCAGCGCAUUCCUUAGAUAAUUUCUAGGUGGCCGAAGCUUCUGGU